AUGAAACCCGCGCGACUUGCACUAACAAAUCGACUUGUACAUGGAUACGGCUUGCAUAAGUAUAUGUCCGUGUAUUCACCACGAUGGGCAUCGCGUGAGGAACUGGAAAUGUUUCAUGACAGUGAUUAUGUUGACUUCCUUAGCACCGCCACACCGUCUACACCAUUGUCAUCUGCAUUUACCCGAUUCAAUUUUGCCGACGAUUGCCCCGUAUUUGACGGCAUGUACGACUUUUGUCGGGCAUACGCCGGAUCAUCGCUCGCGGCUGCCCGUAGGCUUGCUGCUGGAGCCACGGACAUUGCUAUUAACUGGACAGGAGGGCUUCACCAUGCAAAGAAAUUUGAAGCCAGUGGGUUUUGCUACAUCAACGAUAUCGUUCUAGCGAUUUUAGAACUCUUGCGGACGUUUCCACGUGUUCUGUAUAUUGACAUCGAUAUUCACCAUGGUGAUGGUGUACAAGAAGCCUUUUACACAUCCAAUCGUGUCAUGACAGUGUCUUUCCACAAGUACGGGAACGAUUUUUUCCCAUGCACUGGCGACAUUAGCGAAACGGGAGUCGGGCUAGGCAAGCAUUUUUGCCUUAAUGUGCCGCUGCAGGACGGCAUUGACGAUGGUGCCUACGUGUGUCUUUUUAAAAGCGUAAUUGAACCCUGUGUUUAUACCUUCCAGCCAAGUGCCAUUGUUCUCCAGUGCGGUGCUGACUCGUUGGGUCUCGAUCGGCUCGGCUGCUUCAAUCUUAGCAUUGCUGCACAUGGUGAAUGUGUUGCCUUCACUAAAGCAUUUGGCCUCCCGAUGCUCGUUCUUGGCGGUGGCGGCUACACGAUCCGCAAUGUUGCACGCUGCUGGACAUACGAAACAUCCGUGCUAACAGGCACGCAGAUUCCAGAUGAUUUACCUCAUACCCCUUAUGAUGCGUUUUUUGCGCCAACGCAUCGUCUUCACGAACCCCUUAUCGCACGCGUUGAGAACCAAAACACGCGCACAAGUCUCGAACGAACGCGAAUUCAAGUAUUGGAAAAACUGCGCUAUCUCCACGGAGCACCCAGUGUACAAAUGAAUGAGCUACCUCCCGAUUUGGCUGGCGGUUGGGUUGAUGAACCUAUCAAAGAUUAUCCCUGA